GUUGGCGUGGUCCUCGCGUCGCUCAUGGGCGAUCAGCGGCUGCAGGACACCCUGCUCAUGGUCUUCAGCGGGGAGCGCUUCAAGCGCUUGCUGGACUGCUCCCUCAACAGCCUCAACGAGGACGUGAACAGCUUCACGAGGGACCUGCCCAACCUCGAGAAGAGCCUGUUCAACGCGGGGUACCGCUCGUCAGAGGAGUACGUGGGCUGGAAGUCCCGCGCGUUCAACAAGCUGGCAACGUCCAAGGUCAUUCAGGGGAAGGUCAAGCGGCAAAAGUUGUAGUACUACAGAACGCGCGUGGUACUGUGUGUGUUGUGUGUGUUUACGUCCUAUUAAUUAUGGCGACAGUCCCCCCAUUUUUCGUGGUGAGACGUGUACUACACUUUUAGCGUAUUUUUUCGUACAACUACAACCAUCCAGGGUCACACAGGAGGGGGUAAACACGAGGGCUUUUUUCUUUUUUUCUUUUUUUUCAUGCCCCACUUUCCUCCUGCGUUGCGUGCUGAAUUUGUUUUUAUCGCGAGAAGGGUCCAGCCGUCCCUUUCCCUCGUCAAUGGUGCUAACGUCGAAGUUUGGUAAUCAUGAGAGCUUGUCAGCUAUAAUUCGCUUUCAACCGCACAUUUCGUAAAUUUUUCACCCCAUGGGGAUUCGCACUCACGACCUUUGCGACUGGCGGAUUACGAGGAUACCACUAGACCACCGGGGCGACCGGGUACUGCGUUGCGUCGAGCACACGUGUGCGUGUUUGGUUGAGUGUAUUCCAACGUGAUUUUCGAAGAAAGGAGACAGCGCGGAGUGCGUGUGGUAACAUGACGUUUGCACCCAGAGCGAGAGAGAAAGAGGACUGAGACGGAGAGAGAGAGAGAGAGAGGCCGAUACAGCUUGAAGAAGGCAACGCGGCUGGCGUGGACAAGCACAAGCAGUUUUGUAUGAUUCUCUGUUGUAUCGAUGUUGCUUCGUUUGUCGUGGUGUCUUCGUGCGUGUUGGCGGGCACCAGGGUCGCUGUCGGCGGCUUUUAUUUGGAAAUAACACCGGUGGUUUUGUCUGUGAGUUUACCUCCUUACAUUGCGAAGGAGGUCUCAUGCUUUCGAGACAUGGAAACAAUGCUUCGGGACUUUGCACCUGUAGGUGCGUGCGGUGAAUCGGCGCGCCGUUGGAUUGCUCAUUUCCCUCUACCAUCGCAGUGGCUACGUUGCGAAAGCCGCGCCCGUCUUCUCGCAACAGCUAGAUGGUUUAUAUCCAGGACGGUACGUCUCAACUCUUAUUUUGACAUGUGGAUUAUUGUCCGCCUUAGAUCACAGGGGGGGGGUGCAUUGGCAGUACGGUUUGUGGGUUGUGGGUGGGUUGCUGUUGUACAUUAUGGAUAGGUGUAAGUCGUACUGGGGUGAGACGAAGGUUAUUCCUCCGCCUGGUUUCAAAGAAACAUUUUCUUCCCCUACCCCUCGUCUUCUCUAUGGAUCGAUUGCAUUGUCGACCUCUUUUAGAGUAUUGAUGUUCUCCGCUGAACGGGUUUCUCUAAAAUGGUUUCCCUCCGGUGUCUCCCACACGCUCAAUCUGUCGGUCUGGGGUCGGGUUGACAGACAGGUAGACUGCGGGCAUAUAAUGUUGUGUUUCACACGUGUGAUCAUUUUUUGGUGCGCUCUGUUCUCGAUAGCUGGAGCGAGGAAAAUGUCGAUGCCAAUACUCUGCUGUUUGGCUUCAGGCUCCUUCUGUGCUAUCGAAACGUCCGACUAAGAAACGUUGGACCCGUGCAUAUCACGGAACUCCGCGGUAUAUACUCGACAAGGGGUCAAUUACACGGAGUACGCUACCGGUGGAUAAACAUAGACAGGCCCACAGAAUUCGGUAGGAGAAGUAGACACAUGUUUUCGAAAGAGUCAAGAGUUGCC